CUGAAUAGAGCUUGCUGGGAGUGAUGAGGAUCAUGCUUAAUCAUAACAAUAUGUGUUUGUCAUGUUGACAUGAUUUGUGACAUUUAUUCUACACUGUAUUCUCCACUCAUGUUUGUCUCAUUCUUCAAGAACUGCCAAUUUUUUUCCUACCUUUCUUGCUCUGUCCAUGCUUUCUUUUAUUAUGCUCUCUCAUUCUCUCUCCCUCUUUCUCUCUCUCUCUCUCACACACACACACACACACACAGACAUGCACACCUCCCACUUCUCUCUCUAUCUGACCACCACAAAAAGAUUACUUUCCCAUGACUCUACUCCAUAACACAGAGGACCUAGUCCUAGGUCAGGAGUGUGCGCUUUGCUUUACUUUACUUGGACCUUGAAUGCCAAACAUUGACAGUGUGGAGUAAUACUGUACUAGGAGGCAAAGAUGGGGAAGAGGAAGUUCUCGGGGCUGGAGCUCAUCCUCAUGGCGAUGUUCCUCCUGGUCAGCGUGGUCGCCGUGACGCUGGUGGUGCUGCUGGCCACAGGGGAGCCUGCGGUGAUCACAGAGGGCGAGACGCCGAAGCCACCGGAGGUAGUCCCCCAGUGCCAGAACAUGCCGCUGGCUGAGCGGGUGGACUGUUUCCCAGACUCGGGUGCCUCUCAGAGAAAGUGUCUGGAGCGUGGGUGCUGCUGGAAGCCUCUUGAUGAGACCAACGUGCCUUGGUGCUUCUUCUCGGAAAACCACGGAUACAAUGUCACUAGUGAUCACCAGCCAAGCAGUACAAAGGUGGAAGCUGUCCUGAAGAGAAAGACAGCUCCCUCCCUCUUUGGAGCGGACAUCGAGGAACUGUCCUUCCAUGCUGAGAUGCAGACAGAGAACCGACUGCGCUUUAAGAUUACAGAUGCCCACAAGCCCAGGUUUGAGGUACCCCAUGAACACGUGAAGCCUCCCGCCAAUCCUCCAACAGGCCCACUUCAAUACGAGCUGGAGCUCGUCAAGCAGCCUUUUGGCAUCCGAGUUCGCAGGGCAUCCUCCAAAAAAGUCUUGUUUGACACCACUAUGGGCCCACUGGUGUUCGCUGAUCAGUACCUUCAGCUCUCUGCAAAGCUUCCCUCUCACAACAUCUACGGGCUGGGCGAGCACGUGCACCAGCAGUUCCGCCAUGACACCAACUGGAGGACCUGGCCCAUCUUCACGAGAGAUGCUUUCCCCAAUGGAGGAACUGACAACCUCUAUGGGCAUUACCCCUUUUUCCUCUGCCUGGAGGACGACAGCGGCAAGUCCUUUGGAGUCUUCCUGAUGAACAGCAAUGCAAUGGAGGUGACCAUCCAGCCUGCUCCUGCGGUCACCUACCGGACCAUCGGUGGAGUGCUGGACUUCUACAUCCUCCUGGGGGACACCCCGGAGGCCGUGGUGCAGGAGUUCACAGAGUUGGUUGGCAGGCCAGUUAUCCCCCCAUACUGGGCUUUCGGGUUCCAGCUCUCCCGCUGGGACUACGGAAGUCUGGACGAGGUGAAGAGGACAGUGGAGAGGAAUCGUGACAUUGAUUUGCCCUAUGACACCCAGUACACUGACAUUGACUACAUGGAGGACAAGAAGGACUUCACAUAUGACCUUGUGAAGUUUAAGGACCUGCCUCAGUUUGCUGACUACAUGCACGAGAAAGGCCAGAAAUACAUUCUCAUUCUAGACCCUGCCAUUGCCAUCAGUCCCAGGCAGAAUGGGCCGUACCACUCCUACGACAGGGGGAGUGCAACCAACUCCUGGGUCACGGAGGCAGACGGGAAGACAGCCCUUGUUGGAGAGGUUUGGCCUGGGUUGACAGUGUUCCCAGACUACACAAACGCAUCUUGCAUUCAAUGGUGGGUUGAUGAGAUCGAGAGGUUCUACAAGGAAGUGAAGCAUGAUGCAAUUUGGAUCGAUAUGAAUGAAGUAGCCAGCUUUAUCAAGGGGUCAUCCAAAGGGUGUCCUGACAACACCUUAAACUACCCACCCUUCACUCCAAACAUCUUGGAUAAGCAGAUGUACAGUAAGACCUUGUGUAUGGAUGCCAAGCAGACCUGGGGAAACCAUUACGACGUGCACAGCCUGUACGGCUACUCCAUGACCCUGGCAACUGACGAGGCCGUGAAGAAAGUGUUUGGCAAGAGCCGCUCCUUCAUCCUCACGCGCUCCUCCUUUCCCGGAGUGGGCAAGUUCUCGGGCCACUGGCUGGGUGACAAUGCCGCAAACUGGAACGACAUCAAGUGGGCCAUCCCGGGAAUGCUGGAGUUCAACCUCUUUGGAGUCCCUUACAUCGGUGCGGACAUCUGCGGCUUCUUCGACGACUCGCCCGAGGAGUUGUGCCGCCGCUGGAUGCAGGUCGGAGCGUUCUACCCCUUCAGCAGAAACCACAACGCUCAGGGCUACCGGCCCCAGGAUCCUGCAUAUUACGGAGCCGACUCCCUCCUGGUGAGGACCUCCAAGCACUACCUGAACAUCCGCUACACGCUGCUGCCCUACCUCUACACCCUCUUCUACAAGGCCCACGUCAGCGGGGACACUGUAGUGCGACCCAUGAUGCACGAGUUCUAUUCUGAUAGCAACACUUGGACUGUGGACCGGCAGUUCCUGUGGGGGGCCCACCUGCUCAUCACACCUGUGCUGGAUCCUGGCGUUGACCGCGUAAGGAGCUACAUCCCGGACGCAGUGUGGUACAACUAUGAGACGGAGGAGCGGCUCACCGACCGUAAGAAGCACAUCGAUAUGUACCUUCCCUCAGACAAGCUUGGCCUACACAUCCGAGGAGGAGCCAUUCUCCCAACUCAAAGGCCCAAUGUCACCACCACCUACAGUCGUCUCUCUCCCAUGGGCCUGAUCAUCGCACUCGAUGACAACAAAAAAGCAUCAGGCGAGCUGUUUUGGGACGAUGGAGAUUCUCGAGAUACGGUUUCUACUGGUGCCUAUGUUCACUGCCAGUUCUCUGUGGAAAAAGGCAUUCUGACUAUAAGGGUCCUGCACAAUGGUUACACGGAUCCAAAUGACCUGAAGUUUGAGGACAUUGCCAUUUUGGGUGUGAGCGGUCCACCUACAUCUGUGUCCGUGCGCCAAGGCAACACAUCCACCACAGUGCCCGAAACAAGUAUUCAUUACGAUGCCACGAAAGAGGUGCUGCACCUCAGGGGGCUCGGGUUGAAUAUGGGGAUGGAUUACACCGUCACGUGGGACGAGGUGAACUCUGAUUUUGAGCGCUUUGACUGCCACCCUGAGGAAGACAGCAAUGAGGCAAAGUGCAAAGCCAGAGGCUGUAUCUGGCAGGUUUCACACCUUACCUCAGUCCCCUGGUGCUACUACCCUAAAGACUAUGGCUACACCGCCACGACUGUUUCUAAUAGCACAAGCGGAUGGACUUUUGACAUUGAGAGGAACACGGGGUACCCGAGCCCACGAUCACGGUCGGCCGACAUAGACAAACUCCGUGUGGAAAUCUCAUACCUCUCUGGGCACUCUCUGCGCUUUAAGAUCUAUGAUCCAGCUACAAAGCGCUACGAGGUGCCUGUGCCACUGCAGCUGCCCUCCACGCCUGAGGCGGACGAGGCCAAGAGGCUGUAUGAGGUGCGGGUCGAGCAGCAGCCCUUCGGCAUUAAGGUGGUCAGGAAGAGCACGGGCACUGUCAUAUGGGACUCCGUCUUGCCCGGCUUCACGUUCUCCGACCUCUUCAUCCAGGUGUCCACCCGUCUCGCUUCGGAAUAUAUCUACGGCUUUGGCGAGACGGAGCACCCGACCUACCGCCACGACCUGAACUGGCACACCUGGGGCAUGUUCGCCAAGGAUCAGCCCCCCGGGUACAAGAUGAACUGCUAUGGUGUUCACCCCUUCUACAUGGGCCUGGAGAAAACUGCAGAUGCUCACGGAGUCCUCCUGCUGAACAGCAAUGCCAUGGACGUGACCUUCCAGCCUACUCCAGCCCUCACCUACCGCACCCUCGGGGGCAUCCUGGACUUCUACAUGGUCAUGGGACCUACACCCGAGCUGGUAGUGCAGGAGUACACAGCGAUGAUUGGUCGCCCUGUCCUUCCGGCCUAUUGGUCCCUCGGAUUCCAGCUGUGUCGCUAUGGAUAUGCCAAUGACUCGGAGAUUGCAGAUUUAUACAGAGACAUGAGAGCAGCUGGAAUUCCUUAUGACGUCCAGUAUGCAGACAUCGACUACAUGGAGAGACAGCUGGACUUCGUUCUGGAUAAGGAGUUCCAGGGUCUGCCUAAUCUGGUGGACAGGAUGAGAGGAGAGGGCAUGCGGUUCAUUUUCAUCCUGGAUCCUGCCAUCUCAGGCAAUGAGACUGAGCCGUAUCCUGCCUUUACACGGGGUGUGGAAGACGACGUUUUCAUCAAAUGGCCCGCCGAGCUCAGCGGUGAUAUAGUCUGGGGAAAGGUGUGGCCUGACUUCCCCAAUGUCAUUGUUGAUGAGAACUUGGACUGGGACUCUCAAGUCGAGCUCUACAGGUCUUACGCCGCCUUCCCCGACUUCCUCCGCAACAGCACAGCGACGUGGUGGCAACGAGAGAUCUCCGACUUCUACCGCAACACAAUGAAGUUUGAUGGCCUGUGGAUCGACAUGAACGAACCUGCCAGUUUUGUCCACGGCACCGUCGGUGAGGGGUGUCUGGGUCCGGAGAUCUAUGACUUCCCUCCGUACAUGCCACCUCUGGAUUCCAAGCAUCUGGGCCUGAAACACAAGACACUAUGUAUGAACAGCCAGCAGUUCCUGAGUGACGGAACGCCAGUCAAGCAUUACGACGUCCACAAUCUUUACGGCUGGUCUCACACCAAGCCCACAUAUGAUGCCCUUCUGAAUGUGACCGGGAAGAGGGGGAUCGUGGUGACGCGGUCCACGUACCCUACCAGUGGCCGCUGGGCAGGACACUGGCUGGGAGACAACACUGCCGCCUGGGACCAGCUGUACAAAUCCAUCAUAGGAAUGAUGGAGUUCAGCUUGUUCGGCAUCCCUUACACGGGUGCAGACAUCUGUGGGUUCUUCAACACAGCCGAGCGUGAGAUGUGCCUCCGCUGGAUGCAGCUGGGGGCCUUCUACCCCUACUCUAGGAACCACAAUGGCAAAGGGAGCCCGAGACAAGACCCUGUAGCCUGGGAUGCAGAGUUUUCCGUGGCAUCCCGAGACGUGCUGAACAUCCGCUACACGCUGCUGCCCUACCUCUACACGCUGAUGUUUGAGGCCCACGCCGACGGCAGCACCGUUGUGCGACCCCUCCUGCACGAGUUUGUGAAUGAUAGAGUGACGUGGGACAUCCACAGGCAGUUCCUCUGGGGACCAGCACUGCUGAUCACGCCUGCACUGGAUCAAGGUGUCACUGAAGUCAGUGGUUACCUGCCAAAUGCCAAAUGGUACGACUAUCACACGGCUACGGCGGUGGGGAAGAGAGCUGAGACUGUGAGGAUGCACACCCCAUUGAACCACAUCAACCUGCACGUGAGAGGCGGUUACAUCCUCCCCUGGCAGAAACCUGAGAACAACACCCUCUACAGUCGCAAGAACCCCAUGGGACUUAUUGUUGGUCUUGAUGAUGACGGAUCGGCGCAGGGCUCCCUGUUCUGGGAUGACGGCGAGGGCAUCGAUACUUAUGAAAAGAACCAGCACCUCUCGAUGACUUUCACAGCAAACAAGAACACGCUAAGCAGCCAGAUCAGCCACGAUGGCCUGGCUUCUGCAGACCACCUGACCCUGGGCGAGGUGAAGGUGUGGGGCGCUGGGCGUGUGGCCAUCACCCAGGUCAUCUUCCGCACCCAGGGGGCUGCUGAUGUCAGCCUGGGAUUCACGCAUAACCAGCAAACAGAGGAGCUCAUCCUGCACGGAACAGAGCGAUCUCAUCCACUGCAUCAGCCCUUCACCAUUCUGUGGAACACUGGCGUUUAACAUGCACAGGCAGAAGCUCUUCUCAUUUACAAGUUAAAGGUGCACAGAAAAGUACUGAAAUCAUUGCGGCAAUGGUAUCAUGAGACUCAUAUUGUACUGCAAAAACUAAGAAAAUGUUCUAGUAUUUCAGAAUUCUGCUGGGGUAUUUAUGGGCUUUGUUAAUAGCCGAAUAAAUGUUGUACUUGACUACACGUGUACAUGAGGGGAAAAAAUGAAAUUCAACCUAAUGUUUUUAUCAAGGAAAAAUGUUUGUAAUAAAAUAAUUUGCUUUUGAAAGACA